UUUUUUUUCCUUCCAAUGCCGGUUCCAGGCAGGAACACAAACAUCAGCCGUUCUCGUAGCUGGGAUGCAGCAGGUUGGUAUGAAGGCAGCUGGGAGGGAGACAUCUCAUCAUCAGGAUCUCACAGAGCAGCCGGCAUAAACAAUUCUCUGACCUACAACGGAGAGGAAGCUUUUUACAAGCUGCCAAGCAGCAGAUCCCGCGAUAUUCUCGUGCCAGGCAGCUCGGAGAUAAAGGCGGACCUCUCUCCGUACCCAGACGCAUAUAUCCGAGGUCAGCAAGGUCACCUGGUGCGUCAGGACCGCAGGCCAGUGAGGAAUACCUCAGUCCCAGACUUCGGCUUUCCCAACGAGAGGCAAAUGGCAAUGUCUGGGCGUGGAUCUGUGCAAACCCACGAUUAUUAUAAUGAGCCUUCCCUGCCUGGAAGAUCCCUGGAGGAUCCUCGUUAUUACAGAGAUCCAAUAUUAAAUCGUGCAGGACAUGCUUAUGGUCCUCCUACAAGUCGCACGGCCUGGGAACAGGCACCUGCACGUCCCUAUCAGUCGCAAGAAGUGGGUCGCUUGUACAGAGAUCCUACAGGUAGAGUCAUCACCGAGGGACAACGUUCCAGGAGUCGCGAUUCAUCCCCCGCCAGAUACACAGUAGAUCUACCCAACCCUAGAUAUGGCUCAGAGGCGUCUACGUUCUCCAAUAGACUGAUUUAUAAUGAUAUGAUGGAACGAGCCAUUGAUUCCACAGGAGGGAGGCAAGCAGCUCCUACCUGCCUGGUGGUGGAGCCCAGUUCAUCUGCUGCCAUGGAUGGCACUCUGGGGACUUCCUCUAUCUCUGCAAAUCGGGGAUAUGGCUCAGUAAGGGAUAAUGUCACUGCUAAGAUGACAUAUGAUGCCUACGAUGGCACACUAACUCAAUCGCAUCCUCAGGCCCCAGUGUCACUUUCUGGAGCUGAACUAAAGAGGGCUGUAGAUAUGGAGUUCCUUACAACUUUGAGGAGUGAAGGCCUUUCUGAAGCAACUCUUGGUGCAUUGAUUCAGCAGGGGUUCGACACGCCCAGCUCACUGGCUGUCAUGGAAGAACAUGACAUUAAAUCAGUGGCUGCUAAUCUUGGCCAGGCGAGACUACUUUCAGGUCUUAUCAAGAGCUACCGGGCAGAUUUGCAGAUGCUGAGACAAGAUCCACAGAAAAGCAACUCCCUGAGGUCUCGAGCUCGCUCAAAUAGCUUCAGCCACCGGGGAGAUCUCAUGCGCGGGGAUUUCAGUACACAACCCUUAAAUAACCAAAUGAUGGAUGGAGUUUCCAACCCUCAACAUUCCUUGUCAUUGCAGCCGGUCUCACCUCGAAUGGCUGAACUUAGCCGCCGUCCUUCUAGUGCCCCAUCCCAGCACUUAAUGGAGGCAGCCAACUACCCAGCUUGUGGAAUGAGUGCCCAAAACCCACAGUUCAUGCAAACUACUGGAUACUCCAUUCCUUUUCAACCUCGCCCAGCGUCGGCCUACCCUGCCCAGUCUGGCAUACCCAUGACUGUUGUACACACAAACAUCCCCAGUGGGCCAAAAACUGCUUACCCUACUAGUUACACUGUGCCCAUGGAGCUUUUGAAAAGGGAUCGCCUUCCACCCACUUCUCCUCUACACAGCCCUCACUGUAGCCCUCAGCUUCUACGCAAACAUGGGAGUCAUAUGGAAACCACAAUGAGCUUACCGCCGCCUACCAUGCCUAAUCAGCACUCUCUCCAAUCGCCCUACCAGAAAGUAACCAGAAGGACUGGACCACCCAUCAUUGUCUCCACCAUGGCAUCACCAGAGCCAAGUAUGCGGCCUCAAACAGUCAAUGGUCCAAUGCACCCCCGCCCUCUCAUAGCCCUGCUGGAUGGACGGGACUGCACAGUGGAGAUGCCAAUACUCAAAGACCUUGCUACUGUAGCUUUCUGUGAUGCCCAGUCCACACAAGAAAUCCACGAAAAGGUCCUGAAUGAGGCAGUGGGAGCCAUGAUGUAUCACACCAUAACGUUAACACGUGAAGAUCUGGAAAAGUUCAAGUCUCUGCGAGUUAUAGUGCGGAUAGGCAGCGGAUUCGACAACAUUGACAUCAAGGCAGCCGGAGACAUGGGAGUGGCUGUGUGCAACAUCCCAUCAGCGGCUGUUGAAGAGACGGCUGAUUCUACAAUCUGUCACAUCCUUAAUCUUUACCGGAGGAACACGUGGCUGUACCAGGCACUGCGGGAAGGGACACGGGUACACAGUGUGGAGCAGAUAAGAGAAGUAGCGUCUGGAGCGGCCCGGGUGCGCGGAGAGACUCUCGGCUUAAUAGGAUUUGGUCGCGUUGGACAGGCCGUAGCCGUGCGAGCCAAGGUGUUUGGCUUCAGCAUUAUCUUUUAUGAUCCGUACCUGCAAGACGGGACAGAGCGGGCUCUGGGGGUGCAGAGGGUCUACACACUACAGGACUUGCUUUACCAAAGUGACUGUGUGUCUCUGCACUGCAACCUGAAUGAACAUAACCAUCACCUCAUUAAUGACUUCACAAUCAAACAGAUGAGACAAGGAGCCUUCCUAGUAAACACGGCACGCGGGGGUCUGGUGGAUGAAAAGUCUUUGGCUCAGGCUCUGAAGGAGGGCAGAAUCAGAGGAGCUGCUUUAGAUGUACACGAGUCUGAACCUUUCAUAAAUAAAAAAGAUGAAUCUCUGCGCUGUGGUGGGGCGGCAGCUGACACAGAUAAAUACGCUCAGGGUCCUUUGAAAGAUGCUCCCAAUCUGAUCUGCACCCCCCAUACAGCUUGGUACAGCGAGCAGGCCUCCCUGGAGAUGAGAGAAGCUGCGGCCACUGAGAUAAGAAGAGCGAUCACAGGCCGCCUUCCCGAUAGUCUCAGAAACUGUGUGAAUAAAGAAUUCUUGGUUGCAACAACUCAAUGGACUACAAUGGAGCAACCUGGGACAAAUGUGGAGCUGAAUGGUGCCACCUACAGAUCGGUGUGUGCCCAGCCGCUCCAGGGAGAAAAGCGCUGACCAAUGCCUGCAGCACAUUCCUCACUGGUUGUGGCUCUUUUGCGGUCAGAGAGAAUAAUUCAUUACAAGGAUCUCCCUACUUCCCCAAUCAUCCUUCAGUGGUCCAUUCUGCCGGGCAGUACUGCAUGUAGCAAUAGGAAAACAAACUGUGCAGGUUCCAGAAACCAGCAAUCAAUAUCAGAAUACACAAUGGCGGGGGAAAGUGCAGCUAAACGCACAGUGGUCACAGGAUGACAUAAGAUAAUGAGGACUACAUUUAUCUGCAAGCACAUGAUUACAGCAAUCCAGGACUGCCUGUUCUGUGAGCAGCAAUCCCCGCGGUCCCCCAUCACCACACAACCAAGUGACGCCAUCGCCGCCCAUCUGCGGGACUUGGAGGUCAAUGCUGGGAUAUUGUCCCAUCUACGUAUCAUAAAACGACGGCUACUUGUCCAUGUAAGACUCCGAACCUGAAGGGAACAUUAGUGUGAUGUUUGUCUUUUGUCUGUCCUUCUGCUCCACUGACUCAGGAAACGCUCUAUACAAAUCAACUGUAUUUUAUACCACUGGUUUUCCACUUUUUUUAUUACGUUACAUUUUACCUCUUACCAUUGACAUAGUGACUUGUAGGCAUUGCAUUUCUUGUUCUGUGUGUUCUGAACUGGGUUUUAAUUUUUUCCAUACGGACAAUGAAUUCAGACAUCAAAUAGACCGUCCCAGACACUUUGAAGUAAAAAUAAACUAAAAAGGAUAAAACCG